UGGAAAAUUCCAUCAAAAGUUUCUCCUUCAAGGGAAAAAUGUCAAAACGUGUACAACUCCAACAAUUUCUAUGCAGGACCGAACAAGAAAUUUGAAACAUUUCUUCAUGAAGUUAAGAAGGAGCUCAGGGAGAUACGAGAGGAUAUCAGCAAUCUGAAAGGAAAUAAAACAAAUGUUGAAGUCUACAAGAAUUGUGCUGAACUCUACAAAGCUGGAAAACGAAUCAGUGGUGUUUAUACUAUCGAUCCUGAUAAUGCCGGUGCCUUUGAUGUCUUUUGCGACCAAAAGACAGCCGGUGGAGGGUGGACAGUGUUCCAAAAGAGACUGGAUGGCUCGGUUGAUUUCUACCUUGGAUGGGCUGACUACAAACGAGGCUUUGGAAAUUUAAACGGUGAGUUCUGGCUCGGACUGGACAAGAUUCAUCGGCUGACAAAAGAACGAUGCAGAAUUCACGUGGACCUCGAAGAUAUCAAUGGAAAGACAGCGUAUGCCGAGUACGACUUUUUUGGUGUUGCCAGCGAGAGAAGCAAAUACAGACUGAGUCUUGGAACAUAUUCUGGAACUGCUGGUGAUUCGCUUUCUUAUCACAGAGGCUCCGCUUUUUCCACCAAAGAUCGGGACAACGAUCAGAAUGGUAGUGGCUCUUGUGCCACACGUUGCAAAGGAGGCUGGUGGUAUAACGGCAACGCCUGUCUUUCCUCCAAUCUCAAUGGUCUUUACCUACACGGACCGCACUCUACUUCAUGGGAAGGUGUGAACUGGUACAAAUGGAAAGGCAGUAGCUACUCCGCUAAACGAGCUGAGAUGAAAAUCAAACCAGUCAAUUAAAACUCCGUAAUUCAUCUAUUCCAUGAUAGAAUUGGUUUUAAUUUCUGGUUUCUGACACUUUAAAAGGUUGGUGUAACGCAGAUUGAAGCUUA